AAAUGGAAAAAACUGUCAUAUAUUUAUAAUUAAGUUUGAAAAAGAAAUUUAUUAAAUUUAUUUAUAAUUUUCAAGUAUUUGAACUUUCUAAUGGAGCUUUUUUAUUAUUGUGUGCUCUUGUGAAUCAUUAAUAACCACAUUGGUGUAUAAUUAAAUUUUAUCUUAAUACAUCCACGAUGAUAAUCAAAUAUUUAUCAACACCUGAUUUACGCAAUAACUUUUCGUUACUAAACAUCAAUAGUAGAUCUAUUUAAGGUUACUACUCGAUUCAAUAUUCAAAUAACGGAAAAUUGUGGAUUAUAAAAUACGAAAAUGGGUUCGGAGCAGAGUUCUCAAGGCUCAGGAGCACAGAGAUCUCAAUCAGGACCGAGGGCAGGACAAUUAAGAAGAGGAAAAAGUGUUCCAAGUCGAGAGAGAUUACCUGAUGAUACUCCACGAUCAUCAAGCCCAGGACCUAGUAUUUGUUCUGACUCUGAUCUACCUUACAUAUCCUACACAGUUAAUCAACCAAUCGGAGAUUCUCCUAAAACCUCUAACAAGCAACACUUGAUUCGAGGAAAAAGCGUUGGCAGUUCAGAUGUAACCAGAAGAAAAUCAAGCUUAGGCCUUAGAAAAUCAACCUCAAAUAAAGCUCAUAAUAUCGUUAUUGUUAAACCAGCUAUCUCAGAUCCUGAUACUGAUAAAGAUCCUGACUUAGUUAAACUACAACGUAUUCCUAUGUUUCUACCAAUCAUGAGAGGAACGUUAAACCUUCCUCCAGGAGUUAGAGAUCCUGAAAUUUUAGAAAGAUUGGAUCCUAUUGGAUUAUUUAAUUUGUGUGCCAGAUAUCAACAUCAUCUCAACGCUAAUGCCCAAAUGAUUGCUGCUGAACAAACAGCACUCUGUGUAAAUAUUGAUGCUGAGGUUAAUAAGAUAAUGGCACAAGCUGUUGAGAGACAAAAAAAAUUUGCCAAGUUUGCUGAACAUAUGAAUAAAGUACAUGAACUCAGUAAACAGUUAACGAAGUGUCAUAUGCAAUUGAAUCAAACACUUGAAAGCCUUGAGACUUUGAAUAAUAUGUUGCCUAUCAAAGACCGAUUGGAACCUUUUGUAUGGACAACUGGAUAAAUUAAAUGCACUUAGCUACAAAAAUUUAACACUCACCAGUUUAUCCACAACUCUGUCAACUGAGCUCACCUCAACAGCUAAAUUAUUUUGUAUUUAUAUUGUGUUUGCUGUGCCUAUAUUGUAAAAAGUAUAUUCCAAUUAAUAUUGAAAAAAAUUAUGUUUUGAGUGUCAGAAAUAUAUAUUUAAUUUUUAUUCAAUGA